AUGCGGCUUCUCACCACUCUGCUCGGCGUACUGGGGUUUGCUACCUCAUACUCUUCAGCCCUGGACAGCAUAGCGAAGCGAGAGGUCAGCAACUCUAGCACCAGCACAUACUGGUACGCCAACGUGCAGCACAACGGCAUCAGCCCUACCAUCACUGACGGCGAGAACUGGGUCGUCUUCCGUGAUGUCAAGGAAUUCGGCGCUAAGGGUGACGGCGUGACUGACGACUCGAUUGCCAUUCAAAACGCCAUCAACCAGGGCAACGCCGCCGGCGACAGGGUCUCGGGCGUUUUUGGCAUGACACAGCAGCCUGCCGUUGUCUUCUUUCCUCCGGGCACAUAUGUGGUGUCUAGGCCGGUACUCAACCUGGCUGAUACUGUCCUAAUGGGCGACCCUACCAGCCGUCCCACUAUCAAAGCAGCAAGGACGUUUGAUGAUACCACUUUGAUUGUUGGCCGAGAUGCUCGAAUAGGUGGUCUGGGCGCGUUCCAGUUCGAGAUUAAGAAUUUUGUCCUCGACAGCUCGGCCGUGCCGUCCGUGACAAAAUUCAACUUGAUCAGCUGGGACGUCAGCCAAGCAUGCCAGCUGUCUAAUAUCCUGCUCAGCAUGCCAAUUGGCUCUUCUCACACUGGUAUCAUUGCCCCGACCGCGGCCUCGCCUCUGAUAUUAAACGAUCUGCAGUUUGUUGGUGGAAAUCUAGGGUUUAAUGCCACCACGACACAGUACCAUUUCAAGAAUCUGGACUUUAGAAACAUCAAAACUGGCCUCAAGCUCGCUCAAAUCAACUCUGCGAAUGGCCAAGGCCUCCGUUUUGAAAAUGUCAGUGUCGGCGUGGAUGCUACUGGCGGUGGCAGCGGCUUCUUCUCGCUUAUUGACUCGAGCGCGACAAAUACUCCUGUUCUGGUUGCCUUGGAUGAGCAGCAGCUCACCCUGGGGUCACUGGUGUUAGAGAAUGUCAUUGUUGACUCUACUGUCGAAUCAACCGUGGCCAUUGGCGGUACUCCUGCGCUGCAAGGCUCAGUUGAGCCUGGGUCAACGUGGAUUCGAGGUCACGUUUACAACUCCGGUUCCUCCAGCACAACGGCUCCCGAGAACUUUGCCAAAGGCCAGAUGGUAACGACUUCAAGGCCCUCUGCCCUGGUAAACUCUACUGGUUCCUACUUUACCGCCAUGCCUCCCACAUACGCCGAAUAUGAUGUUUCCCAGGUCAUCAACGUCAAGAGCGUACCGGGUCUCCCAGUCGUAGGCGACGCGAAAACUGAUGACACAGCCAACCUCCAGUCCAUCCUCAACACCGCGGCUGCCAACAACCAAUUGGUCUUCUUCCCGCACGGCAUUUACCUGAUCACUGACACGCUCACUAUUCCGUCUGGCUCGCGGCUGGUCGGUGAGGCCUGGUCAGAACUCAGUGCCUCCGGGCCCAAGUUCAAAGACGCAGCCAACCCCAGGCCUGUCGUCCAGGUCGGAGCGCCCGGUAGCACCGGCGUGGCUCAAUUCACGGACUUCAUGUUCACGAGCGCUGAGAUCCUUCCAGGCGCUGUGCUCGUUGAGGUGAAUAUGGCCGGCACCAAACCGGGCGACGUCGGCUUCUUCAACUCGCAUUUCCGUAUCGCGGGCGCCGCAGGCUCCACCGUCCAGGACAACUGCGCCGACCCACUCACCUGCGCCGCCGUCCGCCUUCUUGUCCACGUGACGACGUCGUCCUCGUCCUAUUGGGAGAACAAUUGGCUCUGGGGCGCAGACCACAGCCUGGACAAUUCCAACGCGACACAGUCGCCUGCGGCCGCCGGAGGUCUUCUGGUGGAGAGCCAGCGCGGCACCUGGUUCCUGGGCCUUGGGGUCGAACACCAUGCGCUGUAUGGAACGACGCUGUUUAACGCGCGCAAUGUCUUCAUCGGCCUACAGCAGGGCGAGUCGCCCUACUGGCAGGGCAACGGCACUGUGGCACCCGCACCGCAGCCGUGGUCCGACACGCUGACAGCCAGCGACCCCGAUUUCGCGUGGUGUGCCGCCGACACGGAUCAGUGUCGCAUGUCGCUGUACCAGCGCGUUAUCAACAGCAGCGACGUCAAUAUUUACGCGAGCGGGUUUUGGAAUUUCGUUGAGGGCCCGCAGCGGACGUUUUGCACAGUCGACUGCCAAGACAAUGCCGCGCAGUUUACGGGCAACUCGCGUUUCUAUAGUUAUGGUCUCAGUACCAUCAACCAGGUCAACGCCAUCAUAGAGGGAGGUGUUGCGGGCUCGACUGUCCAGCAGGUCGCGUUGAAGAGUGCCAAUGCUGCGAACGCUGGUGGUCCACAGAGUAUCGGUUCUGUUGGUGCUGUUGUGGCGGCAUUCCUGAGGCAAAGUGGUGAUGGUAACUUGACCAUGCAGGAGGGAAUGGGAAACACAAGUGCAGCGACACAGAGUUCAGUACCUCUGGCAGUGUCUGUUUUUCUUUUUUUAAUGGCACUGUUUCUGACGUCUUAG